AUUACAUUUAUAGAUUUUGCAAAAUGUGGAUAGUAGUGAGUUUUGACGAUGAUAACACAGUGGAGUGUGUACCAAAUUUUUGGUAUAAAAAUAAUGUAUGUGCUUGGCCAAACAGAACUGUAAAAAACCACACAAAGAUGAUAGAACGUCGUUAUAAUCCAAACAAUCUGGAAUUUGAUUUCUUCAAAGCAAGAAUAUUAUCAAAAAAUAUUGAUACUUUGUCUGAAGCCAGAAGAAAGGCUAAACGUGCUGAAGAAACAUCCGAACUAUCCUCUGCUAAUGAUGAUAAGGAAUCCAGAAAAAUCAGACAUAAAAAACUGAAUUCAAGCAGCGAGGAAAUCUCAUGUAAUGAAAUCCAUGAAAAAAACAAUAGAUUAAGUCUGAAAAAAAAUUUUAGAAGUUUUUCAAUUCUUGAUAAUCCCCCUCUAUUUAAUGUUAACGUUGAUGAAG